CUUCCCACUCGCUGGUAGGUUUACAUUUAAUACAUAUUCCGGACUCUGCUGCGGAUAAUUAACUCAUCGAGUUGAUCUCAAGUAAAUAUUAAGGAAUGGUGCAGCAAGAAAACGGCGAAGGUAUGGAGACUUUACCGGACCGCAUAUCAGCCACUUUCGCCGGAAAAACAGUGUUCAUCACCGGCGGCACCGGCUUCAUAGGGAAGGUCCUUGUCGAGAAACUCCUCAGAAAAUGUCCAGACAUCGUCCAAAUAAUCCUUUUCAUUAGAACGAAGAAAGAUAAAACGCCCCAACAACGACUACAAAUAAUCUUCAAUGAUCCAUUGUUCGAGAAAGUAGCAAACAUGCGUGGAGGCUUAAACAAACUGCUAGAGAAGAUCAAGGUAGUCGAAGGAGAUGCUUCUGCGCCUGAUCUCGGGAUUCGCUCCUCUGACCGCCAGUACAUUACUGAUAAUGUCGACAUCAUUGUACACGCCGCUGCUACCGUCAGAUUUGAUGAACCCCUGAAGACUGCAGUGAUACUGAACGUCAGAUGCACCAAACUGGUACUCGAGCUCGCCAAAGAAUGCAAACAUUUAAAGGUGAAAUGA